AUGGAUUCCUCCAAGGCCCCUGUCAAGCUUGUCAAGGUGAAGACCGUCCUCGGUCGCACUGGCUCCCGUGGUGGUGUCACCCAAGUUCGCGUCGAGUUCAUGGACGACCAGACCCGAUCCAUCAUCCGUAACGUCAAGGGACCUGUCCGCGAAGACGACAUUCUCUGCCUCCUCGAGUCCGAGCGUGAAGCCCGCCGUCUGCGAUAA